AUCCCUCAAAGGACGGGGUAUACACAUACCUCGAAUAUUUACGGCGCCUGCACUUUGAGAAUGAGGCCGUUCGUUCACAUUUGUGAACGGGCCACUUUUAGAACAUCAAAAUAAACCAUCUGGCUGCACAACUGUUUCUAAUUACUUCCCUGCCUAGACGGUAAACUUCAGAGUUUGGCACGGGCCUCUCUCCCAGGGCUCUGCCCGAAUCCCGCUCCCAGGCAGCUAAUCAGAGCCACUGCAGCGCAGGGGGAGCAGCCCUGGAGCAGGGUUUGUCCAGCUCACAGCUCUUCGCAUGCCUGGUGGGUCUGUCCAGCCGUCUGUCAAGCCAGUCGUCUGUGGGAGAGCUCCAGGUGCGGUGUAGCGCAGCUCACGCCAUGUAUUCACGGGGGCUGCCGGGGCUGGUGGUGCUGCUGCUGGUGACCUUGCUGCCGGCUGGUCACCCCGCACCGCCAUCCGGCACCCCAGCCCUGCGGAACAGUCCUUCAUGCCGACUGUCCCAGACUGAAUCGGAGCUCAGGUGCCAGGUCCCAGGGGGGAAGCUAUGCAGUGGCAGAGGCAGUUGUGAGUGUGGAGUCUGCAUCUGCCAAGUGACUGAGUCAGGCAAAUACUACGGUCCGCUCUGCCAGUGCCAUGACUGGAUGUGCGAGGUCUAUGACGGGAAAAUCUGCGCAGGCCAUGGGAAGUGUGACUGUGGGAAGUGCAAAUGUGAUGAAGGCUGGUAUGGUGAAGCUUGUCAGUACCCAACUACUUGCAAUCUUACACGGAAGAAAAGCAAUGAAAUGUGUAAGAAUUCUCAAGAUAUCAUCUGUUCUGGUGCAGGCACAUGUCAUUGUGGCAGGUGUAAAUGUGCUAACUCAGAAGGAAAUGGACUGGUCUAUGGUAAAUUUUGUGAAUGUGACGACAGAGAAUGCAUAGAUGAUGAGACAGAAGAAAUUUGUACAGGCCAUGGAAAGUGUUACUGUGGAAACUGUUACUGUGAGGCUGGUUGGCAUGGAGAUAAAUGUGAAUUCCAGUGUGACAUCACCCCCUGGGAGAUCAAGAAAAGAUGCACAUCUCCAGAUGGCAAAAUCUGCAGCAACAGAGGCACAUGUGUAUGUGGGGAAUGCACAUGCCACGAUGUGGACCCAACUGGUGACUGGGGAGAUAUUCAUGGAGAUACUUGUGAGUGUGAUGAAAGAAACUGCAAAUCAGUGUACGAUAGAUAUUCUGAUGACUUCUGUUCAGGUCACGGACAGUGUAAUUGUGGAAGAUGUGACUGUAAAGAAGGGUGGACUGGGAAGAAGUGUGAACAUCCACAUUCUUGUCCACUGUCAAUUGAGGAAAGUGCUAAGGAAUGCCAAGGAGAUUCUAAUUUACCUUGCUCUGGAAGAGGUAGAUGUGAAUGUGGCCAAUGCACUUGUUUCCCUCCAGGAGACAACAGAGUUCAUGGCAAAAACUGUGAAUGUGAUGACCGACAGUGUGAAAAUGUGGACGGUGAUGUCUGUGGGGGUCACGGUAUCUGCUCAUGUGGACGAUGCAUUUGCCAGGAUGGGUGGUUUGGAAAGUUGUGUCAGCAUUCAAGGGAGUGCAACAUGACAGAAGAGGACAGCAGAAGUCUCUGCGAGUCAGCCGAUGGAGUAUUAUGCUCGGGGAAAGGUUCCUGCCACUGUGGAAAGUGCAUCUGUUCACCACAAGAAUGGUACAUUUCAGGCGAGUUCUGUGAAUGCGAUGACAGAGACUGUGACAAACAUGACGGUCUCAUUUGCACAGGCAAUGGUGUUUGUAGCUGUGGAAACUGUGAGUGCUGGGAAGGAUGGAAUGGAAAUGCUUGUGAAAUCUGGCUGGGGAGAGAAUACCCUUAACAAAGGACAUCAAAGACUGAAGGGUUUUGUUGUUUGUUUUGUUU